AUGGCGGCAGGGAUCUCUCACUCCUUGUUCCUGAUGUGUUGGAUCCUCCGAACAGCCAGCCUGGCAUUCCCAGAGGAACCCGGACCCCUGAACUUCAUCCCCACUGAAGUGGUAAGAAGAUACCCCGUGUUUCUGGGUCGACCGCACCAAACAUGGCUCAGACAAGAGCCUCUGCAUAUCCAGAGGAUCAUUCAGGUCAACCGGACUCUCUACAUCGGUGCCAGGGAUGAUCUUUUCCGGGUGGAGAUGGACAACAGUGCUGGGGAUGAGAUGUUUUACAGCAAAAAAAGAACAUGGGAGUCGAACAAAAAUGACAUCAGGAUCUGCAGGAUGAAGGGCAAACAUGAGGAUGAAUGCCGCAACUUUAUCAAGGUGCUGCUCAGCAGACAGGGGGGCCUCUUCUUGUGUGGCACCAACGCCUUCAACCCUCUCUGUGCCAACUACACUGGCGACACUCUGGAGAUGAUGGGAGACCCAGUCAAUGGAAUGGCGAGAUGCCCUUAUGACCCCAAACACGCCAACGUUGCUCUGUUUGCUGAGGGGAAUCUGUUUACAGCUACGGUGACAGACUUCCUGGCCAUUGAUGCGGUGAUUUAUCGCAGCCUUGGGGACAGCCCCGCUCUCCGCACCAUCAAGCACGACUCCAAGUGGUUCAGAGAGCCCUACUUUGUGAGUGCUGUGGAGUGGGGACCUCACAUCUACUUCUUCUUCAGAGAAAUAGCCAUGGAGUUCAACUACUUGGAAAAGGUGGUGGUGUCGCGCGUUGCUCGCGUGUGCAAACGCGAUCAGGGUGGCUCGCAGCGCGUCCUGGAGAAGCAGUGGACGUCAUUCCUCAAGGCCCGGCUCAACUGCUCCAUUCCCGGAGAUUCUCACUUUUAUUUCAACUUGCUGCACUCCACCAGCCCCGUCAUCAGGAUGCACGGCAGGGACAUCAUCCUGGGCGUGUUCUCCACACCAGCAAACAGCAUACCGGGUUCGGCUGUGUGCGCUUUUGACAUGGAGCAGUUGGCUGCUGUGUUUGAUGGAAGGUUUAAGGAGCAGAAAUCUCCGGAGUCUAUUUGGACGCCUGUUCCAGAUGAACUCAUCCCAAAGCCAAGACCUGGUGGCUGUGCCGUUCAAGGAUCCAAGUUUAAUUCCUCCAACUCGUUCCCCGAUGAGAUGCUGAACUUCGUCAAGACGCAUCCCCUGAUGGACGAAGCGGUCCCAUCACUCGGACAAAGACCUUGGAUUGUGAGGACCAUGGUCAGGUACCAGUUGAAUAAGAUUGUGGUGGAUACAGAAGCCGGGCCAUACAGAAACCGCACCGUCCUCUUCCUUGGGUCAAGCAGAGGAACCAUCCUCAAGUUUCUCAUUAUGCCAAACCAAGACAACACGGUGACCAGCAGCAACAUCUUUCUGGAGGAACUGGAAGGAUUUAACCCUGACAAGUGUGCUGAGGACUCUAUGCAAGCCAGGCAGCUGCUGUCUCUCACUCUGGACCGGGCGAGCCACACACUGCUCCUCGCUUUUCCCUCCUGUGUGGUCAGAGUGCCGGUGGCCCGAUGCCAGCUCUAUUCCCGAUGCAUGAAGAACUGCAUCGCCUCCAGGGACCCAUACUGUGGGUGGACAAGAGGAAGCACCUGCUCCUUUCUCAGACCUGGAACCAGACUGCCAUUCGAGCAAGAUGUUGAACAUGGAAACGUGGCCCACUUGGGUGACUGCGAUGGAAUACUGUUUCAGGAGAGUUUCAUCGAGGAGCCGGAUGGCCUGGUGUCUGUAAAUCUGCUGGUGGUGUCUGCCGUUUCAGCCUUCUCCACAGGUGCCAUCCUCUCUGGUCUCACUGUCUGCUGGAUCAUGAGCCACCGCCAUAGGAACUCCCGCGGUUCUGGAGCCAACGGCGCCCGUCGCAAAAAUGAUAAAGAGCAGACCAUGAUAGGACAGGGUCGCAGCGGCUCAGUGAUGAGCGUGACCAGAACGAGCGGAGGCGAGAGACGGCGCUCGCAGCCAGAUAACCUGUUCGUGAUGCCCAACGGUUGGCCUAAAGGAGAGAUUGACCCAGGUUUACUGCCCACUCCUGAGCAGACCCCGCUACAGCAGAAACGAGUCAUGCGCCUCCCAGACACCGACUGGGACCAGAGCCAGACCUUCCUCACCUCCAUGGGAAACCCGUGCCCUGGCAACGCUGUCAUCUACCUGAGCUCCAAGUUUCUGCAUGGAGGCGGCGGAGGAGGGGGUUUGGUACGAAUAGAGGAUCCCGGCGAGGUGGUGCUGCCCCCACACUCUGAUCGCCAGCGUUACCUCAUCCUUGCCACCCAAAGGGGGGAGCAUGGAGGCAGCCGUCCCACCGGCAGCCUGAGGAACUCAGCAGGAGAGUACAUCUACCCUGCCACACCACAGGAUUCGCCAGAUCGACGUAGGGUGGUCUCUGCUCCCACCCCACAUGUGGACUACGGAGAGCCUCGUUGGAGUCAUGAGGCGCUCAACUACAACAGCAACAACGGUAUGCCCUAUUACGCCCAGCGCCAGGGUCUCAUCAGGCCAGACGUACACGGACCUCGAGGUCUGGGAGAGCUGGCUGAAUUCAGCCACCUUCUGGGGAAGAACAUGGGAGAGCACGCCCCCAGUGGCCAAUGAGGUGAAGUCAAGUGAGCGUUGAUGCUGAGCUCUCUGGAAAAAAAAAAAAAAACAUUCCUGCCAAUAGAAAACUGGAAAAUAUCCACCCCUCAGACUCGCCGUCCUGAUCCGACCUUAUCCUUUCUGUCCUCUCUCACUGUCAUUCAAUGUUCUGACGUCAUUCAGCAAACUGCAGAGAGAGGCAGAGAGAAAAGAGUUGAAAGUUGAGAUAAUUCUCAAACCAUUGAGUUUCUCUGUUCAUAACCUGUGGUGUGCCACCCACAGUUCAUAGCUCUGACACAACAAGUCUCACAGGAAGGUAAAGAGUGGGGCCAAGAAGAAAUAGGAACCUUCUUGAAAGGACAACUGAAGGAUUUAUACCUAAAACAACAACAACAAAAAACAAUAUUCCUCGCAAGGACAAAUGUGACAGGCCCCCCUUGACCACUUUGUUCAUUGAUCGGAUCUUCUUUUGGUGAAUUUUUUUGUCUCUGUUGUCUUGUGCCAGUGGCAUCCAGCAGACAACGAUGUACUUUACUUUGGAUUUCAGAUGAGACAAAACUGUUGUAGCUCUGCCAGAGGACCUUGAAAAAGACAGAAAUCAUACAUCAUGUAAGGGUGUGUGUUUGGCCACAACAAUCCCAACCAGCGUCCUGUCUUAACUGUGAAGUAUGGCUAUAUAAUGAAUUUGGUGAUAAUAUUGUUUAUACAGAAAUGAUUUUAUUGUGUGUAAUUUUAAGUGUGAUUACCAAUCAGAAGGUUAAGUGGCUGAUCAUGGCUAGUUAGGGCUGUACAGAGCCAUGGUGAAGUAAGAGAAAGCAAUAAUUAGCUAAAUGAAUGACAAUGACGAGAAAAGGACUAUCUAAUUUAAGUAUUUUUUUAUACAAGUCUUUACAACAAAGACAAGAACAGUUUCUGGCUCUCCACAUACCUGGGUCUGUCUCACCCGACCCAAAACGAGGCCUCCCUGGGAUCCGUGGUGCAUUUGAAGAAGGGGAAUGUGAGCUGUCUGGCGAUCUGACCGAGGCGGAGAUUCUCCGCCGCUUGGGAGCUCCAGUCAGUCUCUUCUGCCGACACUGAGCCUCUUUGUGCCCCGGGUGCAGGAAGAAACUGCGGCCACAAAUAACAAUUAAGAGUCAGGGAUCUGACUCACCACAGCGUAGCAGAAUAGCAAUGAGGAGAGCUACAGCUCCAUCCAGUCAGGUUUGGGCAUCUCCUGUAGAUCAACGGUCGUGGCAAAUCACUCAGUCGGCAGUACAGGGAGGACCUGGGGCCUGAAGCUGCAGCGGGGGUCAGUGUCAGGACACGGCUAACCAUCACAAUGGUCAUCCCUGGUGGCUUCGUCCCUUUUUUUUCCCCUUUCAGUGUGACUCCCAACAAAAGCUGGAUAAAGAAAACAGAUGGUCGUGCGCGCACUUGGGUGUGGAGUUUCUCUUUCACUCCGUUGUCUGAUCUUUUCAUGUUUUAUGUUUUUUUUUGUCCGCUUUCAUCCGUUCUUGAUUCAAAUGUAGAUAUGCUUAGCUUUAAUCCAUCUGGGUCAGGGUUCAGUAAAAGGUGGUAUUUAGCUCUGUUUGCGUCUGUCAGCUUGUGUAUGAGAAAGUCUCUUAGGGCUUGUUUACAUCACUGUGUUGCUCAUAUUGAGUGCAAGAAGCGGCUUUGAUCAGUUUCGCUCUCACCCCCACCCUUCUUAUCUUUUCAACCCCAUCCGCCUUACAUUUACAAAUAGGUACUAACAGUGUCACUGCUUUGUGUGGGAGCAGUGUGUGCUGUUGCAAAAUGUAGGCAAAAGGCAUCAGAUUGGGCCUAAAAUCCUGCUGUAAUAGAAGAACAAGUUGGCUCCUUUUCUUUACAUGAUUGAUAUUGUUAAUAUAACAAAGCCACGUGUGUUUUAUGAUUUACAGCUUAGUUUAAAAGGGUCUGGUAAAGUCACUGAGAUUUAAAAAAAAAAAAAACUCAAUAAUGCACACUGCCUUGCAAAAUUAUUUAUGCCCUCUGAACUUUUCCACAUUUAGUUUCAUUACAAUAGCAAAGCUUUUGGAUUUUAUUUUAUAGACCAAUAUCAAGUAGUGUGUUACUGCAAAGUGGAAGAAAAAUGUUACAUCAUUUUCAAAAUGUCUUGCAAAUAAAAAUCCACAAAAGUAGGAAAUGCAUUUGGAUUCAGUCCCAUGACUCGAUACAAGUGUUAGAAGCACCUGUUGCCUUUAUUCUUUGAGCUGUGUCUCUACCAACUUUAACAUUUUGUUCCUGUUCUUCUUUAGAAAUCUGCUCAAAUUCAGUCAGAUUGGAUAGAGAUCUUCCUACUUAUUUGGAUUUAGGAGUGGACUUUGACUGGACCAAUCUACCCCAAAGCAUUUCAUUAGAUCUCUUGCUGUAUGUUUAAAGGUUUUUUUCCCGAUGGAACCUCUGAGCUAGUCUCAUUAGCUCCAGCCAGCUUCACUGUGGAAAAGUCCUAUCUGAUUGACGUUCAGCAUUAGUUUUCCACCAAGCACACCAUGUCCUUUUACGUGGCUUAUGGCAGACUUCAAACUAAAAUAGAGGUGGACUGAAUUUUAUUUAGUGAUAUCAGAAUGAAGGGGUUAAAUAGAAGCACUCUUGUUUAUACAAACACAUGAGAAAGCCAUAUAUCCUCUUCCUUCCACUUCACAGUUUUGUGUUACUUUGUGUUUGUCAUAAAAUCCAGAAGAAAUGCACAAGAAUUUGUCUUAACAUGAUGUGAAGAAUCUCAAAGGUUAUGAACAUUUUCUGGAAACACAGAAAAUAUGUUUCAGGACUAGUUGUUCCCUCUGAUUUACUGCACAUUUGACCCAAAUGUUGAAACUCUUCUGUAAUUUAGGAAAUGUAUCAUGUUUUCAGCCACUGCUGUUUGGUAAUAUGAUGGUUCACUGAACUGAGCAAAAGAGCACCGGACCCCCAGGCUGAGUUAUAGUGGAAUUAAAAUGUAGAAAAAUAACAGCCUGGUGUAACAUGCAGAGGGACCAAAAUAGCUAGAACAAACCAUUUUAUUAGUGAGAAACCUGGUGACAGAGACAGCCUUGUGUCACUCUGCCUCCUCAUCAAUUGGUACUAUUAAUAUACCAAUUGGUAUAUUAAUAGUACCAAUCUUAUUUUGCCUCAACCUCUUUCAAUUACAUUCAUGUAAGCAUCCCAGUUUUUCCCAUGUAAUUAACCAUUGGCAUAGCCUAUCAGUUUAUUUUUGUUAGCAGUAAAGUAUUUUUUUGUGAAUAAUACGUAGUUAUGACAGAAUCCUCGCAUUUCACAUAAUGUAAUUAAAUUUUCCAGUUUUAUUUUCAGAACAUCUUAAAUCACACUAUCGACUGGUGGCGGUUUUAAUUCCUCUUCAGGCCAUUUGAUGCAGUGAAAUGAGACAUUAUGACGUCAGAUCAAAGAACAAUAACUACACACGUUAUUUAUGCUAGUAGCCAUAAUUUGUGUGAAACAUCCUGUGGCAGGUUUAAACUGAUGCAUGGCUGUUAUGAAGCCAUGGAUAAUAACCUAAAAAAAGUUUGAUAUCAAAUGACGAAAACUACAAAAAUAAAAACUCUUGAAAGGGUGAAAUGACGAGCCCCUCGCAGUCCACAAAGAGCAAAGAAAACCUAGGCCUUUAUGAAAAUAAAAUCACAUCUUUUGUUUCCUUUUAAGAGUUUCCUCUUAUUGCAUGUGUUUUAGGAACUCAUUUAGUUGCCAUGUGUUAUCUUAUGCAUACAAAACCUAAUAUUUCUUCUAAAUAUACAGACAUUGCUCUACCAUUAUUUCCUCAUUUGGAAGUAAAAAAAACUUUUCAAAAAUGUCUUACGAUUCGCCGUGUUGACUUACCUGUCAUUUUUCACAAACGGGCUGAAUAAAAACCCAUGGAUCACAAGUCAUUCAUUUAUAAUUUCAAGAAUACUAAGAAACUGACUAAAACAAAAACUGUAUUUCUUUUGUCUUCAGGAUAUUGAUAAAACAUUGUCUUCCUUUAGAACCGAUAAGCAUCCAAAUGAGGAGCAGCACCCGUCAAAUAUCUUGAUGCCCAAGAAGUCUGUUCAAAGCCUUUCUUCAGUCUCCAUAGUAACCAUCUGCUGUACUGGCCAAAAGGUGGUGGUUGCCUUCACCACUUCCCUUGUCGCUUCAUAUUUCAACUAAAACGUAAACCACAGCAUGAGGACAAUUGGAAGCAAAAAACACAUCGGUCUCUUUCUCGCUGUUAUACACAUGUAGUAUAUGCUUGCUGCUCUAAAUAAGCUAAGUUUAUUUCUCUAUUUAAAUAAAUCUGUUGUCCUAAAUACAUGGGAGUUUAUUCUUAUCUCUGUCAAUAAAUUAAGCAUAAACUCUACUUCAUAGAGCAAUGCAAGACUCUACAAAUGUAUAAGCAGUCAUUUUCAGACUCCCUGUAUAACAAAUCACAUGACAAAUGUGUGUGGCUGAUUCUCAUACUGUCUGAAAUGAUCAGUUCUCAAGAAUGGAAUGGUUUUGCUUACAUCGUAAUGGUGCUUAAUGUUAAACUCUCUGUCUAUCCAUUACACUUACCAGCUUUCUGUGAGGAAAGUCAUGAGCAGUGUAAACACAUCUUUGGUAAAAGGCAGGAAUAAUGUAACCAAUUUCAAACUAUAUCAAAAUAAAAACCCUCAAGAAGAAAUUUGCACACUGUCAAACUGGCUAAAUAAGUUUUGUAAGACAGGGUAGGCUUACCUGCUUCUUACAGUGAGAGCUUUGAAAAAUUUACUUUGAAAAUUUGAGCUUUGAAAAUAUGUUGCUGCAGAAGAGGUUAGGACCUUGUGAGGCAACAACAUGCAUUGCUGUGAGGCAUACAGCUUGGAGAUGGCUUACAGAAACAGUACUGCCAGUGUGAAACUAUGAUAAAGAAUGCUGAAAGAAAUAUACGUUCAUUAAUCCAGAACACAGACAGCAACAACAGUCUGCUUGGGAAGAAGUCCAGCUUCGGCUGUAGGAUGUGAAGUGUGGUUCUUCAACCUGUCCAAAUGCAAACCUUUUCUCAAAAUGUACUCUGGCACGAGCUGAGAGAAAGAUUUUCAUUUGAUAUACAAUGAGAAUGUGUGGAGAAAAAAAAUUACAUGAGGCAGUCCAGUUAAAAAGAUUUAUAAAAGCAAGACCAAUGCAUAGGAGGUCAGACAGGCAAAUGUGAUCUUAAUAUAUUACUCCCUCGCUACAUUAGCGCACUGUAUGCUUUACACAUUCGACCCUGAAACGGGUCAUUAGUGUCGAGGACCGCUCCACUCUGCAAACCUCAGCCUCUCAUCCUGAUCCCGUGUUCCCAUUUCUGGGUCUUUAUAUGCGCGUUUUUGAAUGUGGCCUCUUUAUCUGGGCCCGGCGUGCCCACCCAGCCGUGUCCUCACUCCGCAUCUCUUCUGGUGUUUCACUAAACAUGCUUGAUGAGGCAAAGUACACGCCAAGCCCCUCUAAUGGGUUGAUGUGCCCCCUGAGAAAGAUUGCUGCAGACAGGUUGUCUCUGAGAGGGAGCUACUCGUUCAACCAGCGCUUUCUGACCCUUUACAGACCACCAGCCACACACGCACAUGCACCCCCACACAAGUACCCCAUUUGACAAAUUGGGGAAUGUAAUUGAAUUAAAUCAGAAAUGAAACUGGAGCCCGACACAGGCCGGUUCAAAUAAAGGUAGAGCACUUCAUGAUGUUAUCUUACCGACUGCACAAUUUGAUUACUUUAGUUCAACAUUACAAGGCAGCUAAAGUAUUCAGGUAUAACCUCAUAGAGGCAAGUAUGUUUAUUAAAGCCCUCAUCCUCCCUCAUCUCUCCAUACUUCAUGUAAUUCCCAUUUCUCUUCCUUCUCUUCUAGCAGCUGCUCUUUGUGUUUUUAAGCCCCUUUGACUGGGAACCCAUUCGUAUUAUCUCCACUAAGCAAAAGCCGGGGUUUUCAUUGUGUUUUUUCAGUGUUAAAGGUCUGCAGGUUAACUUAAUGAUUCAAAAACAGAAUUUUUUUUUAGUAACACUCCCACCCUCCUUUAAUUCAUGUCAAAUCCUAAAUGCUAAGCUUGUUCUUUUGCAUGUUUAUCCAGCUUCUCGUGUGAGAAAUUGCUUUUCUUUGCCGUCACUGAUUAAGUUGGGAGUUUUUUUUCUUGGCCCAUUUUCAGUGGUUUGCAUAAGUAUUCAUACCCUUAGGACAAUUUGUCAUAAUGCACCAACUUCAAUGCAUUUUAUUUAACAGACCAUCACAAAGUAGUGCGUAAUUGCGGCUGGAAUGUGAAGGAUAUGUCCUUUUUGAAAAUCUUUACAAUUUACAUUUUCAACUGUAACUACAGCUGUAGGUUUUUUUACUUGCAACUCCUCUAGUUCUGCGAAUCUACAGGAAUGUGUUAUUUGCCCUUUCUUUCCUUCUUUAUUUCUUCCUUUUUUCCAAAAUAGGAAGAAAAGGAUCUCCACAGUUUCAUCAGUGAAACAUAGUGGUGUCUUUAUUGAUGUUUGGUGAUUAUAUGUUGGAGGUUACAUGUGCUAGUCUUUCUCCACACAGAGCUGUGGGAUAACAUUUUUAAUUCUGGACAUUUUUGCCCCUGUGGCAGUGAAAGAUUUUCCACUUUAGCUUUGGGCCAGAUUUGGUCUAAAUUAUGCUGUGUGUUUACUAUUCUGGACAUUUUUAACCAAACUCCAGUACAUCUGUAUUUUUCACUUAGAUUAAAACUUCUGAAAGCUAUUUGAAUUAAUGUGGGAGUAUUAGAAUAAAGGGGACAAAGUGAACUGGUUGCAAAUGCACAUCGAAACUUUCAGAUAUGAUUUUUUAUUUUUUUUUUUAAACCAUGUGUCAUGUCCCUUUUAGUUCACAGUUAUGCACCAAUGGAUUUGUCUAAUACUUAAAAUUCCUGGCUUGUGGUUGAAAGCUAGCAAAACGUGAAAAUCCCCAACUGGUGUGAAUACUUAUGCAAGGCAAAAUAAAGAGCUUCUGUGUUUCACAUAUGCACAAAAUUCCCAUUUACACGCUGUUAUCAUCUUGUGUUUUUGCUCUCAUUGAACACACCGUGCCGCUGUGUGUGUUGGGUUUGGGGUUUUUUCACCAUGUGGCCCUGCAAUGUGAGUCCCCAGCCGAUAACUGCCGUCUUGCCCCGUCUGCAUGUUCCUCUUCGUAUUAAAGGUUGUUCAGAGACGGGGACUAAAUUUAAGAAAGGCACGUCAUCAAGCUGCUCCCAUCCAAGCCAACGUGCAACAGGAAUAAGCACAAAAGCAAGAUUCCAGUUGACAUUUGCGUUUUUGUGAACUUAUAUGUGUUUAGUCGGCACUGAUGAUUUGUUUGCCUUUUUUUUUUUUUACUUGUUUUUCUGUGGUAGAUAUUUGAUUUAAAUCUUCUGUGGGAUGUUUCAAUUCUCUCCUGUGCCGAAUUUUUUUCAGUGAUGACAAUGAAGCUCAACCUGAUGACUAUCAUCAUUAUUUUUAUUAUUAUUAUUAUUAUUAUUAUUAUUAUGAAGCAGUACUGUGAGCACCGAAGUGUUGUGUCCUGUUUAAAUGAUGAAUUACAAGAAGAGAGGAAGUAAUUUAACUUAUAAAGACUAAUGUGGAGUCUCCUGCUACUGUGAAGGAUCCCCGUCAUCCUGUCGCCCCGACCAGAGGCUGAACUCCCACACUCCUAGUCAGCCCAAAGGCGGGGUGUUUGGGUGCAGUGGGAGCUUUGAGAUGGCUGUCAUCAGAUGGCAACACAUGUCCCUGCUAUGUGUACAUAACCUAAAUGCUUACAUGUAAUUUCAGUGCAGUAGCUGCAUGACAACACAGCCUCCGUGUGUGGGUGUGUGUGUGUGUGUGUGUGUGUACUGAAGUAGCGAUGUGUGAAUUUGUACCGUACAUGCAGGUGUGUGCGCUCGUGUCAGCAAACAAACGUGUCUCUUGUCACACAGAACGCCAAACACAUGCAUGCACCCUCUGACAGCUGCACAGCACACACACGCAGGCACAUGAAAACCGGACUCACUCCAGCAGUUGUUCACCGUCCACCACAAUGUCCCGAGCUCUGCCUGUCACUCCGCAUGGAGACUUUGCUCUGUGUUAAUUUUCUUAUUCUAAUAAACCACUCAGACAUUCUUGUCUAAGUUGUGAUCAUUGA